AUAAUGAUGUGAAUUGAAGACAUCAAAUUAACAUUUAGUUGUAUAUGUACUUUGAUAAUAUUGGGAGACUGUAUGACGUAUAGAGAAUUAUUUUCCUGCUGUAAAGUUUUUGUUUUACUUCGAGAUUGAAUUUAGUUGAAUUAAUCAAGUAAAAUGGAUAAAAAUAAAUAUAGAAACAUGGAAGAUGAAAUGAGCAGGUUUGAAGCGGAGAUAUCUGCAACACCAAUGUUAACUUCAUAUGGACCAACAUACAUACCUGGAUUUGGUGCAAUACCACCACCAACAAUUCUAAUUCCCCAACAAGUAUCUAAAGGACCAAAAAGGUAUGACAGUGGAUACUCAAGUCACAUAAGUCAACCUGCUGUAGUAUCUGCCAAACCUACUCUGUAUGCUCCUCCUAAAUUAGUAACCACUACUCAGUCACACCCCCAACCAGCACCUAUGCAAUCUGUUGAUUUCAUGGCAUUACAAAACGAAGUUGAGAAAAAAUUGAAGAAAUUGAAAAAUGAAAAAGUUAGUGCUGAAUUGGCUAUUUCCCAAGGAAAAGCCAGUAGUGCUUUACAGUCUUUUGGUCCUGAAGAAUACAAAAGGAAAAGUAGUAAAAAUAGAAAACUUAUGAGGACUGCCGGUGGUCAAACUUGGGAAGAUCCUUCUUUAUCCGAUUGGUCAGAGGAUGAUUUUAGGAUAUUUUGUGGAGAUCUUGGUAAUGACGUUACCGAUGAAUUGUUGACAAGAACAUUUAAUAAAUAUCCUUCUUUCCAAAAAGCAAAAGUAAUUAGAGACAAGAGAACAAAUAAAAGUAAAGGAUAUGGAUUUGUUAGCUACAAAGAUCCUGCAGAUUUUACAAAAGCCAUGAAAGAAUUAAAUGGCCGAUAUGUUGGUAGCAGACCGAUAAAACUAAGGAAAAGCACCUGGAGAAAUCGAUGUAUAGAUGUCGUAAAGAAAAAAGAAAAAGAGAAAGCGGCAUUAUUGAAUUUACUAACUUCCGGGACUGAUAAAUAAGAUGUGUAAAUUAUUUCUUUGUAUAUAUAGUUUUAUUGUAUCUAAGUAAGAUUAAAUAAACCUUUUUUUUUCAUUUGA